UAUCAUGGCGUCGUUUGACAAAACCUGAAUGACGGAAAAUUGAUCAAGCCGGACCAUUUUUAAAGCAAUCCUCUCAAACGUUUAAUUAUUGUUCACAACUCGCGCUUGAAUUUUCAGACUGCUUUCCUUAGGAAGUUGAAACUGAUCGGGUCGAAGUGAAAUUUGCUGGGCCAUCUAAUUAAUGCCUGUUGGUUCUAACCGGUGACAUUUCUUAGCUGUUAGUGAGAAACUUACUCGAUUUAAAACAUGGAGGGAGUGAAGAAAAUUUACAAUAAUAUUACAAAAUCUCCGCGUGACGAUCGCUUGUACCGUGGUGUAGAACUGUGUAACAACAUGAAAGUUCUUGUGAUCAGUGAUCCAACAACUGAUAAAUCCGCGGCAGCUUUAGAUGUUCACAUUGGUAGUAUGAGUGAUCCAGCUGAACUACCGGGACUUGCCCAUUUCUGUGAACACAUGCUGUUUUUAGGAACAGAGAAAUAUCCAUCAGAGAAUUCAUUUACUCAGUUUUUAAGUGAGAAUGGUGGAUCCUCUAAUGCUUUCACUAGUGCAGAACACACCAAUUUUUUCUUUGACAUUAAACAUGAAUGUCUACAGGAAGCCUUGGAUCGGUUUGCUCAGUUUUUUCUAUGUCCGCUGUUUAAUUCAGAUGCAACAGACAGAGAAGUCAAUGCUGUUGACUCAGAACACUGUAAGAAUGUCUUAAGUGAUUCUUGGAGACUAAACCAGUUGGACAAGUCUUCAGUCAGUCCAUCCCAUCCUUAUAGUAAAUUUGGGUCAGGUAACAAGCUUACUCUUGACACCAAACCAAAGGAGAAAGGAGUUAGUGUGCGUGAUGAGUUACUGAAAUUUCACAAUUCAUAUUACUCAGCUAAUAUCAUGGCAUUGGCUGUUCUAGGCAGAGAUUCUCUUGAUGACCUGACAAACCUGGUUAUAAAGCUCUUUUCUGGUGCUGAAGAUAAAAAUGUAACUAUUCCAGAGUUUCCUGAUCAUCCUUAUGGUGAUGAGCAAGUACAGGUAGAAUUGAAAGUGGUACCCAUCAAAGAUAUAAAGCAUUUGAACAUUUCCUUUCCAAUCCCUGAUGUUAACCAAUACUAUGAGAGCAAGCCUUGUCAUUACAUAUCUCACCUCCUUGGUCAUGAAGGUAAAGGAAGUUUGCUUUCAGAACUCAAAACCAAAGGCUGGGUGAAUGAACUUGUUGCUGGAGGAGCAGGUGGAGCUAAGGGUUUUAUGUUCUUUAUCUGUAACAUGGAACUCACAUCUGAGGGACAAGAUCAUGUGUAUGAAAUAGUGGCAUGUGUAUUUCAAUACUUGGAAAUGCUGAGAAGGCAAGAACCUUCGGAAUGGAUAUUCAAAGAGUGCCAGGCCCUUUUUGAAGUUAGAUUUCAAUUUAAGGACAAGGAGAAUCCAGGAUCCUAUGUGUGUUCAAUGGCCCGCUGUUUACAUGAAUGGAGCAAUGUGUUAUUAAACCCUUCUCUGCAACUACCCGAGGAAAAUGAGUUUAUCCCCACAGAUUUUACAAUAAGGGAAAGGCCUCAAGAUUCCUCAUCCAUUCCCACACUCAUCAAGGAUGAUUCUCUGUUGAAAGUUUGGUUUAAACAAGACGAUACAUUCCACCUCCCAAAGUCAUGUCUCCUGUUUGAAAUAACAAGUCCUUUGGCAUAUGUGGAUCCGUGCCACUGUAAUAUGGCCCACUUGUUUGUAGAGCUGCUGAAGGACUCGUUAAACGAGUAUGCCUACGCUGCCGAGAUCGCGGGGGUGCAUUACAAACUGGAAAACACCAUGUAUGGAAUCUUUUUGAGCAUCAAAGGAUAUAACCACAAACAACCUGUUUUAUUGAAGAAGAUUUUCGAAAGAAUGGCAAACUUUCAAGUCGACGCUAAGAGGUUUCCACUCAUCAAAGAGAGGUGUGAGAUUGCACUGAAGAACUUUGUUGCUGAACCUCCUCAUCAACAUGCUUUGUACUACACGUCAUUCUUGUUAGAAGAACUAGCGUGGCAUAAAGACGACCUGUUAGAAGCAUUAGAGGAGGUAACACAGGAGAAGUUGGAAGCUUUCAUCCCUGAUUUGUUAGGACGACUUCAUAUUGAGUGUUUGUUUCAUGGAAACUUAACGAAAGAAGAAGCUUUAGACACUGCAGAGCUCGUAGAGAAGAUCAUGAAAGAAGACAGCAAGACCAAACCCUUGUUACCUUUACAAUUAAUUCGGCACAGAGAAAUACAGUUACCAGAUGGUUGUUCGUAUCUAUUUGAAGUGCACAAUGAAGUUCACAAUAAUUCAAGUUUGGAAAUAUAUUAUCAGUGUGACCUGCAAGCCACCAAAAGUAAUGUACUUCUGGAGUUGUUCUGUCAGGUCAUCAGUGAACCCUGUUUUAACACUCUUAGAACUCAAGAGCAGUUAGGGUAUAUCGUCUUUAGUGGAAUAAGAAGAUGUAAUGGUGCUCAGGGUCUCCGUGUCUUGAUUCAAUCUGAAAAAGAACCAUCCUUACUGGAUUCACGAGUUGAAAACUUCCUUCAAGGCAUCGAGGAGUACAUCAAAACAAUGUCGGAAGAGGAAUACAAAAACCAUAUUGAGGCACUUGCAGUAAAAAGAAUGGACAAACCUAAGAAACUGUCAUCGGAAUGUAUGAAACACUGGAAAGAAAUCCUCUCUAGGCAAUACAACUUUGACAGGGAUAACAUUGAGGUGGGAUUUCUAAUGACUGUCACGAAAGAAGAUGUUUUGGAAUUCUAUCGGGAUCUUCUUGCUUUUAAAGCACCUAGACGGCACAAGUUGGCCGUCCAUAUUUUAUCCAAGACAAUGACAAAGAAUGCGAAUGACGAGUCUAAAAUCGAAGAUAAUGAAAAUGAGAAAACUGAAGAUUCUGAUUCUUCUCCCACGCUGACCGUUAUUGAUGACAUUACUGCAUUUAAGAGUGGUCUUCCAUUAUUUCCACUUGUACCACCAUACCACAGUCAGCCCACGAAAUCCAAGCUUUAGACCACAGAAUCGGCAAUGUCACUCCCUUAACUUCCCAACUUGCGCCUUCCACUACUCCAAAGUCGUCUUUCUCCGGAGUUGGAAAACUGUCCCUUUGGCGUUGGGUUGGGGUUAGCUACAUACAGUAGAUCCUGAUGCGGCUAAAAAGACGUUUGGAAACCUCCUAACCCAUAGAACCCUAAGAGCGAUCAGUAUCUAAUUAUUCCUUUCAGUGAUAUUGCUGAAUCAUUCAUUAAGAUAGUGAGAAUAAAGGAAAUGAUCACUAGCCUAA